AUGAGUUGGAUGGAUUCUUGGUCUCGACCUUCCAAGUCCCAAGCUACUCCAGCGCCCUACUACCUCCUGCCAGGUGGCGAGGAUACACCAUAUUGCAAGUCAUGCGGUAGAGCUAUAAGUGCUCGCAAGUCACAAGUCACCAAAGAGACCGCCACUCCAGCCAAAUAUUGCUCGAGCCGUUGCCGCAGUCAUAAACCUGGGAAGUUGGACAGGCAAAUUGAGGACGCCUUUGUCGCCUUCUUGAGCGGUAGCGAACCUUUGCCUAUUGCCGCCCCUACAGAGUCACACAAGAAGGAGAAGGGCCAGAAGAAGAUAAAGGGCGAUCACAGAAUCAUUGUCCCUUGUGACAUAGUAGAGGAGUUCGUGUUCGGAUCCCGUCAUGACCCUGAAAAAGACUGGGGUCGGAAGAAGAACAAGGCAAGACGGGGGGCGCGUGAUGACGACGAGUGGAAGAGCGUGGAUAUGAUGAGCACCGAUGGGUCCGUCACAGCUAGUACAGCUAGUGACGGAAGCGCAGCAGAGGACAAUGUGAUCGACGGUGACCUUGUAGCGCGGCUGUCGGUGCGGAGCGGUACGCGCAUUCGGCCGGCUCAAGAUGUCUCAGAGGUCAACGGAAGCGUGGGUGGGGAGAAGGGCCGGGCGGAACGGAUCGAGGAGACGGCAGAGAUGCUGGAGAAGCGGAAGGAGGGCGAGAAGAGGGCGGAGCAGCGGGAGAGGGUGCGAUGUGCAGCGCGAAGGGGGGUGGCGUUUGGGUUUGUGGUCCAAGCAGCGGAUGGUGAGUCGUCGUCGUCGGUGUCGCAGCGCAAAUGCGAGGCAAUGAUGCAAGGCAAGGUGGUGGAGGCUAGUUUCGCAAAGGGCGAGUGGAGCGUGCGAUGGAGGGAGUGAGGGAGUAGUGAGGCAUUAGAAUGACGAAGAUCUUCGGUCGCAGGCAGUGGUGUGAUCUGGGGAAAGUCUUCA